CGAAAUCUCUACCAUCUACAAGAGCUGGCUUCACUACCGAGUUGCAGAGCAUCACAUCCGGGUCGCGAGGGGUCGCGUGAGGGUUGCUCAACAGAAACAUGCUACGUAGGGUCUUACGAUGUGGUGUUUCUACACUGAGAGUCAGUCGGUCAGUUCAUCAGAGUUCUCCAUGGAGCAGUCCACUCAUACCUAUAGUUGUGGAGCAGACGGGACGAGGAGAGCGUGCUUAUGACAUCUACUCAAGGCUACUUCGAGAGAGAAUCAUCUGCGUUAUGGGUCCUAUCGAUGACUCUGUAGCUUCUCUGGUCAUUGCUCAACUGCUCUUUCUUCAGUCAGAGAGCAACAACAAGCCGAUUCACAUGUACAUCAACAGUCCUGGUGGUGUGGUCACAUCUGGACUUGCCAUCUAUGACACUAUGCAGUACAUCCUAAAUCCCAUCUCCACCUGGUGUGUGGGUCAGGCGGCCAGUAUGGGCAGUCUGCUUCUGGCCGCAGGAACCGCCGGAAUGAGGCAUUCCCUGCCCAACGCGCGAAUCAUGGUGCACCAGCCUUCUGGAGGAGCGAGGGGCCAAGCGACAGAUAUUGCCAUCCAGGCAGAGGAGAUUCUCAAACUGAAGAGACAAAUCAACAACAUCUACAGCAAACACACAGGACAGCUUCUGGAGACUAUAGAGAGUGUGAUGGAGAGAGACAGAUACAUGAGCCCAAUGGAAGCACAGGAUUUCGGGAUCAUCGAUAAAGUCCUGGUUCACCCACCACAGGCCGGGCAAGAUGAACCAGAACUUGUUCAGAAGGAACCCAGCAGCCCUGCGAGCUCCUCCACGUCUCCUCAACCGCAGACCUCAGAGUCAGGCCAGUCCUCCAGCAGCCCUCCAUCCUCACACAAGCCUGAGCCCUGAAACAGACUUCACUAUUAUGCUAUGUCUGCUGUGAUCGAUGAUUUAGGGCAAAGCCAAACUCGCACAUCAGAUCUGGACCCUGGACUUUUCUUUUCUAUCCUUGAUUUUAUGAAGUCUCACAGUACUGGAAUGUGGACACUACAGAUGCAAGCGUAACCACACUCAGUUUAGUUUGGUUUAAUGUGAUCCCUGAAAUGAGAUUUAUAGAAAUUAAUUCAAAUAAAUUACUUGGUAAAUUA